AUGUCAUCAGAAGAACGACAAGCUCUCGUUGCAUCCCGUGGCGGAUACAAGUCAAUGUUCAGCAGAGUGAAGAACGCCGUUCACAAAUAUGAGAAGGAUGACACACUCCUGACCAUGCCUUCAGCACUCGCCGAGAUUGAUCGCAAUCUCGACCUGAUGCCUGCUCUACGCAAUAACAUUGAAAGAAUUUCCGAGCGUAUUAUCUACCUUACAGAAGGCGCAGAGGAACAGAAGGUCGAAGAAGAGAGUCUCCAAUCACUACUGGAUGAAUUUGAUAUGUAUGAUGAGAAACUGAUUGAGUUGAGAAUCCAGGCAAAGGCAAAAGCCCCAUCUUCUGACAGUGUAGAAGGCAUGUUAAGCUAUAUCAACACCAAGCUUGACGAACAACAAAUUCAACAUGAGGUGGAAAAACGCAUGGCAGAAGAAAGGUUUAAAAUGACCCUGGAAUUCGAGCAAAAAAAGUAUGGGGCCACCCUCAACUUGCUGGUCACAGAAAAUCAAUCAUUUCUUACAUCAAGCCCACGUUCCAGAGAUGCACCUUCACAUGCGAAAUUGGAACCAUUGACUGUUCCUGAUUUCAGCGGCAAAUACACAGAGUGGACAAGCUUCAAGGAGUUGUUUUUGGACAUAAUCGACAGGAAUACAACUCUAACCGAUGCUCAUAAGUAUUACUAUCUGAUGAAACACCUGAAGGAUGAAGCCAAAAUGGUUGUUCAGAACAUACCAGCGUCUGCCAACAUCUACAGUGUUGCAUCGAAAAUAUUGAUGGACAAAUAUGACGAUAAGAUGAGCAUUGCAAUGAGUCACAUCAAGUCAUUCCUGAGCAUUCCAAAAAUAUCUGAACCAUCUGCUGAUGCUAUGAGACGUACUCACGUAACUAUGGAUUCCGCAAUUCAGGCUUUGGAUGCAUUGGACAUGAAAAAUCGAGAUAUUUGGUUGAUUUACAUUGCAUUGGAAAAGUUGGAUUCUGAAAGUAAAACUCUAUGGUCAAGAAGAUGCUAUAAGAAGAUUCCCAUCUGGCAAGAAUUUGUCGAUUUUCUCAAUGAACGUUACAAGACGAUGGAAAUGGCCAAUCCCGGCAAACCCUCAUCGUCAAAGAGACAGGAGGUGAAGUCCAAACCGAAGUCAGCAUUAUCGGUAACCACUUCAUCCGGUCAGAAAAACUCGGAUAAUGCCACUCCAGGCAAUCUGUGUGCUUCCUGCGGGAAACCCAAUCAUCGCACAGUGAAGUGCUACAAGUUCAGAGGCCUAAAGGACACCCAAAGGCUUGAAAUUGUGCAACGCGCCAAACUGUGUGUCAACUGUUUGGACCCUGGGCAUCCAGUGGAAAGCUGUCAAUCGUCAGCAUGUAAGCAGUGUGGAGAAAAACACAGCACCUGGCUCCACCUGGCUUUUCAUCCCAAUAAUGCUCAGAUCCCACAGACAACAACCGUAGCUACUGUUCACCCAGAUCCACUAUCGCCUGCUCCAGUCACUACCGACACAGAUCAAACAUGUGGAUCAGCUACAAGAUUUACUCUAAAAUGCACCACUACAUCUUCCUUUCCUACUGUCUUACUGGCUACAGCAGUAAUCUGCGUUCGGAAUGAUGAAGGAGAACAAAUUCUGUGCAGAGCUGUAUUGGAUUCCGGUUCUCAAGCUAACAUUAUCACCGAGAAGAUAAGUCAGAUGCUGAAAUUGCCCAGAAGGAAGACUACUUGCACAUUGGAAGGAGUAGGGGGUCAUGAAGCUCCAUCAAAAUAUCAAACCAGUUUGAGUUUUGGCCCCAGAGGCUUCAAUAAAUGGACUGAGACGGAUUGCAUAAUCCAAGAGAAGAUCACUGGCAUUCAACCCUCAGCAAAAAUCCCUACUGAGUCACUUCCAAUUCCUCCGAAGUUGAUCAUGGCAGACCCACAAUGGAAUAAGCCCCAAGUCAUUGAUAUGCUAAUUGGCGGACAACAUUACUGGGAUCUAAUCAUGGAUCAGACUAUUAAAUUGGGACCUGGAUUACCUAUCCUGAAGCGGAGUGUAUUUGGAUGGCUUGUGGUCGGAGAAGUCUCACCUAGUCCAAUUACAACCAAAGUGUGCAAUCUCACAACCCUUGAGUCUAUUGAUCUCAGCCUCAAGCGGUUUUGA